GAGUAAACAGAGUAUAUAUUCGUUUUCGUGUGCUGAGCAUUUCUAUAGUGCGUGUGAUGGCGUUCAGAAGUCUACGAAGAGCGUCUCGACUGAUCAACUCGUCUAGAGGAGUGCAGGCUGCUGCCAGACAGCAGGUCCGCUGUCUGAAAGUCACGUGCCAGUGGAUGACAUCAUCAGCGGACUCACUCCAGAACAGAUAGAGGUAUAAUUUAGUAUACUCCACAGUGAAUUGAGGAGGGUGGUGAGAUGCAGUGCAUCCCACCUCUGAGUCUGCGUGUAACACUGGUUAACCCUCGGCGCGCAUGCGCAGCGAGGGUUACGGUACUUGGUUUGUAAG